GAAACGAUUGUGGACGAGUGAGCUCGGCACCCCGGUCCCCGUCCGGGUCCUCCCCCGCCCCCUCCUCGCCUGCCCGAGGCGGUAUAUCCUGUCCUCCCGGGCCACCUCCCCUCGUGGAAGCGGAGCGGCGGCCUCGUUGUAACGUAGAAGCGAAAUGUAGCGAGCCGGGUGUCGCGGCUGGACGCUCGCCUUGCUUGGGGGUGUGGGGGGAUAUACGGGGGCAGAGGAGGACUGCCGCGGAGGAGGAGUGAUGAGAAGAGGGGGUACCCUGCACCUCCCGAGACCACGGGCCCCUGCUGCCACUCGCCAGGCGCCCCCCUUCCUCCCAAGCGAGGGUCAGUGCUCCACACAGAUUCUCGUGAUUUUAAGGACCAGGCAACUGGGGAGGAACAAGGCCUUCCCAGGCAGGGAGGAAAUCUCUGGAAGAGAGGAAAAAAACAGAAGACACUGCCCUGGGACCAGCUGAACCUGGGGUGCUGUGGGAAGCUGAAGGAGCCGAGCAGGAGGAGUGGGAAGAAGCUCCAGCCAAUGGUCCAGGUUGUGUUCUCAACAAUCUGAAUUCAGUCUACUUCUCACAAGAGAGGGGCCACCUCAGGGGGCACUCCAGACUUGGGUUGAACCCUUCUUAUCUGGACGUCCCUCCGUCCCGCCCCCCCAUCUGAGGAGCCUGCCGCUGAGAACCAAAGAUUUCCCUCAGGCACAGUGCUGGGGCGGCUGGAGGCAGGCAUCUGCACCCCUAGUGGCUGGCCACUGCGUCUGGUGAGGAGUUGCUCUUUCCCCCCAGCUCACGGCUGCAGUGCUUGAUGGGGCUGCCUGUUGGUCGAUCAGUUUUUUCAGUGCCCGGUAGGAGCAGAGGGCCGUGGGAAGACGUCCUGCGGCACCCAAGCCUGGGUUCACCCCAAGAUUAAGUUAUUUCCUGAGUUAGAGAGGGAGAGAGAAAGCAAGGAGGGGAAAAGAAAGUUCUCCCCUCCCCUCUUCCCUGCCCGUCAUGUCCUCUAAGCCGGAGCCAAAGGACGUCCACCAGCUGAACGGGACUGGCCCUACUCCCUCUCCCAGCUCUUCAGAUGGCCCUGGGCGAGAGCCCUUGGCUGGGACCUCAGAGUUCCUGGGGCCUGAUGGGGCUGGAGUGGAGGUGGUGGUGAUUGAGUCUCGGGCCAAUGCCAAGGGGGUUCGGGAAGAGGACGCCCUGCUUGAGAAUGGGAGCCAGAGCAACGAAAGUGACGACGUCAGCACGGACCAUGGCCCUGCACCACCCUCCCCGCUCAAAGAGACCUCCUUUUCCAUCGGGCUGCAAGUGCUGUUCCCCUUCCUCUUGGCAGGCUUCGGGACUGUCGCUGCUGGCAUGGUGUUGGACAUUGUGCAGCACAGCAGCCUCACCUCUGCAGUGAACUAAGGAACUGGGGAACUUGACAGAGUAGAAAAAGGGUAAGUGGACUGUAGUUGGCUCCACCUUGCCCACCACAGCCAAAUGUUCCUGUUGCAUUUGAGAGGGAAGCAGGCUUGGGCCUAGUGUUGUCUUUGGAAGGGAGGGACUCAAUGGGAUUCCCAGCUGCCCAUACUUUUUGGCCCAUCCCCCCACUAGCCUAGACUGCUGCAGGGCAUCACUCCCUUUUUCUGUUAACCUCUGUAAGGAAUGGGGGUAACCGCAAGUGGUAUGCAACCUCCACUAGAACUCCCAGCUAGGUUUGGACAGGGGCCUCCCAAGUCCCUAUUUUAACUGACUCCUUGCUUGCUAAGGAUCCAAACUGAGUAGACUCCUCUCUUUGGAACACUUCCUUCUCUGAGAUGAAAGUGGAUCGUAGCAUGACCUUGGGAAAGUGGAGGGGAAUGGAAGUGGUCCUCUUGAAGCUGGUUUGCCCUUGUGGCCACCAGUGUUCCUGGGCAGAACACUCAGUUCCCAUCUCCU